AUGACAGUGGACGCCAAUGGUAUCUCUGAGCUUGAGCUCGAGCGUUACUACAAUCCAGACAACUCUAUCUUCUCAUCAAGCAGAAAGGUCGUUGCAGAGCUUAAUGCCAUACUUUUCUUGGUUCUCGCAACCAACCUGUUCUUCUUGGUUAGAUACUUAUAUCAACAUUUCAUCCUUAAGCCAAUAGCCAUUUCAUACAAGGUUCGCCCAUCAUACAUGGCCAGAUUCCUUGAGAAUGGAUGGUACUCACUUUACUACAUCUCUGCCUUUGUUUAUGGAUGCUAUCUCUACUCUCAAGAGAACUGGACAUUGUUCCCAACCAUCAACCUUUGGCUCGGCUGGCCAAUCCAACCAUUCAAUACUCUCUACAGAACAUAUUACCUGUUAGAGUUGGCAUUCUACUUGCACUGCACUAUUGCCAUCUUCAUGGAGACCAAGAGAAAGGACUUCUACCAGAUGCUGACACAUCACUUUGCCACCUUCUUCUUGGUUGGCGCCUCCUAUUGGUAUCGUUAUCACCGCAUUGGUCUGGUCAUUCUCUGGCUGCACAACGCUGGCGACAUCUUCCUCUACACAGCCAAGGCCAUCAACUAUUUGCAAAAGGAGAGCAAGAACUACGUCAUGUACGUCACUUCUGAGUUGCUCUUUGUCCUUUUCGUCAUCGUGUUCUUCAUGAUGCGUCUGGUCUUCCUCCCAUCCGUCCUUGUUAGAACCUCACUGUUCGAGGCAUUCUACGUGUCCACAACUUAUCCACAGUUCUACUCGACCAAUGUGUGUCUGAUCGUUCUUCUCUUCUUGCAUAUGUUCUGGUUCUACUUGAUCCUGCGCAUCAUCUAUCGCAAGAUGAUCAAUGGCAGCGUUGAGGACAUUAGAAGUGACAGCGAGGAGGAUGAGCCCACUGAGAAGUCCGCCAAGAACAACCACUUGGAAGCCGAGCAGACUUCCAAGCACCAGGGCGUCAGAUCCAAGUCCAAGCAACAAGUUCAAUCAAAGAAGAACAACUAA